CCUGUCAGCCGUGAGAUUUAAAGCAUUAACCAUCUCGUUCUCUCUGGAUUGGUCUUCUCACUACUCCAUAGAAGCUAUCCUGAGAGCAAAAUGGCUGCCAAUACUAGAUAUGAGCCCGCACCGCAGCGCGACUCUUUUGAAGAGCGUGCUUACACUCAGCCCCCGCCCUCUUAUCAGGCAACUGCCGAUUAUACACAGGCGGCGCCUCGCAGCGAAGACGAUAAUGUUCCCGAUGACUUCAAGUUUGGCGGCACUGUGGCGGAGGGCACCCUGCCCAUUCGUAUGCAGUUUAUCCGCAAGGUCUAUGCGAUCCUGACGGUGCAACUCCUCCUCACGACGGUGAUGAGCUCGAUCUCCUUCUUCAGUCCCAGCUACCGGAACUGGAUCCAGUCCAAUUUCUGGGUGAUGAUCCUGUCGGUGUUCGGGGCGCUGGGCUUCAUGCUGGUGACCUACUGGAAGCGCAAGUCGUACCCGGCCAAUUUGCUGUUCCUGUCGGGCUUCACGAUCAUGGAGGCCUACUCGAUCAGCGUGGUGACGUCGUUGUACGAGAGCCGGAUCGUGCUGCAGGCGCUGGUGAUCACGCUGGGCCUGUUCGUCGCCCUGACGCUGUUCGCGUGCCAGACCAAGUACGACUUCACGCACUGGAUGCCCUACCUGUUCGGCGCGCUGUGGUUCUUGGUCCUCUUCGGCUUCAUGGCCAUGUUCUUCCCCGGCAACAGCACCGUCGAGCUCGUCUACGGCGGCGUCGCCGCCCUCGUCUUCGCCGGCUACAUCCUCGUCGACACCCAGCUCGUCAUGCGCCACUACCACGUCGAGGAGGAGAUUGCCGCCUCCAUCUCCCUCUACCUCGACAUCUUGAACUUGUUCCUCGCCAUUCUGCGCAUCUUGAACAGCCAGAGCAAUAACUAAGCUCGGGUCGGGUUCUGGCUUGAUCAGCGCAAGCAGGUUCUCUAGGCUUAGGCUUAGGCUUACUCCAGCUAGCUACUAUCACGACUCCCCCCGUUCCCGUUCCCGUUCCUCAAUCCCACUUCCAUGAAUUACCACCACACAACACCAAGGAAAAUAAACCAUAACGCUAGUACACCAAUACCAAACAAGAUUGCCAAAUAACGUUAACGAUCCAUGGAGUUUCUUGAUCUUGUUCUUGCCUUUUGUCUCUUCCCGACCAGACUUGCUGCGCUGUAUUUCUCUAAAUCUCUUACCUAAUUCAUCUCUGCCCCUGUGGCUUGUGCUCUGCACACAGUUCAUUUCCGCGUUCGCCCAAUCUCGAAAUCAUGAAUUAGCUGUCUUGUUUUUUUUUACAUACACCCAGCAUAUUUUGCUCUUCAAGUCAUGUGUACCGGUAACCCUUUUUCAUCCACAUUUGUAAAUCAGAUAUGGUCU